GUUUUUUGUUUUUUUUUCAGAGGAAUGAAAUGGCAGAAGAGGUUGGAUGUGUUGGGUAAAUAUAAAAAGACUAAACUGUGUAUUGCACAUAGUUAUUGCUCAAUGGGGCAAUAACUGUGAAUAAAACUGGUAAUCCACUGACAGAUAGACAUGGGAAAAGAGAGUUGGUGUAAUUUAUUCUGGAGUACAGCUGGGAUGAUGGUGUUGAAAGCCAAACUGAAGUCCACAAAAAGGAUCCUUGCAUAUGUCCCUGGUCUGUCCAGAUGUUGCAGGAUAUGAUGCAAUCCCAUGUUGACUGCAUCAUCCACAGACCUGUUUGCUUGAUAAGCAAAUUGAAGGGGAUCUAGAAAGGGUCCAGUGAUGUUCUUCAGGUGGGCCAACACCAGUCUCUCAAAUUAUUUCAUGACCACAGACGUCAGGGCGACAGGUCUGUAGUCAUUAAGUCCUGUGAUUUUUGGUUUCUUUGGGACAGGAAUAAUGAUUGAGCGUUUGAAGCAGCAUGGGACUUCACACUGCUCCAGUGAUCUAUUGAAGAUCUGUGUGAAGAUGGGGGCCAGCUGGUUAGCACAGGAUCGAAGACACGUUGAAGAUGGAUGUUAAAACAAAGGUCACCCUGAGCAGUGAAGAGUUGACUGAUGUGUUUUCUGGUUUGGGGGACAACUUCAACUACAGCUACUAUGAUGAGACCUGCUGUGGAGUGGUCUGUAGUCAGGACACCAGCAUGCAGUUUGAUGCCAUUUUUAUUCCAGUCCUGUACUCUGUGGCGCUGGUGGUGGGGCUGGUGGGAAAUGGGCUCGUACUGGUGGUGCUGUGGAAGAAAAGGAUGAACUGGAAUGUCACAGACAUCUUCAUCCUCCAUCUGAGCAUAGCAGACAGUCUACUGCUGCUAACACUGCCGUUCUGGGCUGUAGAGGCAGCAAAGGAGUGGAGCUUUGGGACAGGACUCUGCAAGCUGACUGGAUCUUUGUUCAAGAUCAAUUUCUACUGUGGCAUCUUCAUGCUGGCAUGCAUCAGUCUUGACCGCUACCUGUCCAUCGUCCAUGCAAUGCAGAUGUAUUCUCGUAAAAAGCCCAAGGUGACACACUGUUGCUGUCUGGUCAUCUGGCUGUUCUGCCUACUGCUCUCAAUUCCUGACUGGAUAUACCUUACAGCCACUCCAGACUCCAGACGUCAGGAUAAAAUUGAAUGUGUUACCUUUUACCCCUCUGAUUCCUGGCAUUUGGUCUCUCGUCUGCUCUACCAUGUGGUGGGUUUCGCUCUACCGGCACUCAUGCUGCUGUUCUGUUACUCUUGCAUCCUUCUGCGGCUGCAGCGCGGCUCCCAGGGCAUGCAGAAAAAGAGAGCCAUGCGUGUUAUUGUAGCCCUGGUACUGGCCUUCUUCAUCAGCUGGACGCCCUACAACAUCACCCUCAUUGUCGACACCAUCCAAAGCAACAUCAGCACCAAUAACCAAACAUUCUGUGCCAGCACCACAGCAUUGGAUGUAGCCCUCACAGCUACUUCCACAUUGGGCUACUUACACUGCUGUGUUAAUCCAAUUCUUUAUGCUUUUGUGGGGGUGAAAUUUCGUCAGCAUUUGCUGGACAUGCUGAGACCACUAGGCUUCACGCUUAAGGGACCAGCAGGGCUGAUGUCCCGGAGGAGCUCUGUAUGGUCAGAGUCAGUGGACACCUCACACACUUCUGCUUUCUGAAACUUAUAUGCCAUCAAACUAGUAUAUGUAAACAAUCAGUGAUCUUUGACAACCUUUUGAACUGGUAUUAAGUCAAAUGAGAAAGGUACAUAUAUUGACAGAGGAGUAAUGUACAUAUAAGGAUAUAUAUAUUUCUAAUGGCUUUCUUGUUAGCAUAAAGACUGUAUUAUAAUUAUGAAUGAAGAGAAGUGUCUUGUUUACUCUUUUUCAGAUAGUUUUCUUUGUUCACAUGGCAGCUAUGAUCUCCACUGUUUAGCAUUUCUCAAGCAUACUGGAUAAGCAAGCUCACUCUUUUUGGAGAGGGAUUAAAAUUGAUUUUAUCAGAAUGGAUCACUGCUGAAUACUUGGCAAAUUUGUUUAAUGGAUAAGAUUUUUUUUUUUUUUUUAAACCACUAUAAUUGAUUUCAGCUGGGCAGGGAGCUAUACAGUGGUCAUUUUUUUAUAAUACGUAUACAAUUCAUAAUCACUCUAACAUUCAGUAAAAAAAUUAAAUUAAAAAAAUAACGAUCUACUCAGGGCUGUAUAAAAUAUAAGAUGUCAUUGAAUAGUAUAAAUGUUUUGUUGUUGUUUUUAUACUUUUUCACUAUGAAUGAUUGGAGUUACUCCAAAUUAAUAAAUGAGUAUUACAAAUUAGAAUUCUAGUUGUUGUAUAAACCGUUGCUGAGAAAUGUUAUAUCUAACUAUUUGUUUCUAUUAUAUAUACUAGUUUUCUUAUAUAGUUUUCCAAUAAUGUUAUCAAUGUUUUUAAAUGUAUAUCUGUAAAUUUGCAGUAAACACAUUUUCAAAUAGGUUUAGUCAUAAGGAGAACUGUUGCAAAUUUGUUAUUUUAGCAUUUACUGUCAUUCUUAUAUGCUUUAAUAUUUUUGUUGUGUAAAGCUUUUACAAAAUGUAACCUCCUUAUGUAAUUUUCAGUUAGAAUAGCACAUUGUACAUGCUAAGGCUUGUCUUUUUAUGCCUAGCUACAACAUGAAUUGUCCCUUCUGUUUCUUAAUUUUAAUGCUAUAAAACUGCAAUGCAAUAAAAGAGAAUAGAAGUUAUAUGUAUUGUGUAAGCAUAGGCUAAUAUGUUUUCAGUGUUAAUAUCUUUAAUGUGUUGCAUAUCAUAUACCUGCAAUUCUUAAUAAAUUUAAGGAAGACAUCUCACCACAAUGUUCUUUUUGUAAUCUUGAAUUGGAAACUUUUAUACAUUUAUUUUGCACCUGUAAUUACUCUAAAGACUUCUGGACACAGGUAUUUUUAUGUUAAUAUUUAUAAACAUUUCAUAAAAUAAUUGCAAUAUAUGACACCAUGAUCCUGUUUUUGGACUGUAGGCUUUCCCAUUAUUGAUGACACUAAAAUUAUUGUAAGCAAAAUUUGAAGAUUUGUUUCGUAUGCGCAAUAUGUACAUUAUUUGUUUGUACAGUACAUUCAGAAAGCAUUCAGACCCCUUCAUUUUUUUCACAUUUUGUUAUGUUGCAGCCUUAUGCUAAAAUGCUUAAAAAAAAAUUCAAAUCAAUCUACACUCCAUACCCCAUAAUGACAAAGCAAAAAACAGAUUUUUGAUGAUAAAUUUAUUAAAAAGAAAAAACUGAAAUAUAACAUUGACAUAUUCAGACCCUUUGCUAUGACACUUGAAAUUUAGCUCAGGUACAUCCUAUUUCUCUGGAUCAUCUUUGAGAUGUUUCUACACUUUGAUUGGAGUCCACCUGUGGCAAAUUCAAUUGAUUGGACAUGAUUUGGAAAGGCACACACCUGUCUAUAUAAGGUCUCACAGCUGAAAAUGCAUAUCAGAGCAAAAACCAAGCAAUGAGGUCAAAGGAAUUGCCUGCAGAGCUCAGAGACAGGAUUGUGUCGAGGCACAGAUCUGGGUAAGGCUACAACUUUUUUUGGCCUGCAUUGAAGCACAGUGGCCUCUAUAAUUCUUAAAUGGAAGAAGUUUGGAACAACCAGGACUCUUCCUAGAGUUGGCCGUCCGGCCAAACUGAGCAAUCGGGGGAGAAGGGCCUUGGUAAGAGAGGUUACCAAGAACCUGAUGGUCACUCUGGUUGAGCUCCAGAGAUCGUGUGUGGAGAUGGGAGAAACUUGCAGAAGGACAACCAUCACUGCAACACCUAAAGGACUCUCAGACUGUGAGAAACAAGAUUUUCUGGUCUGAUGAAAUGAAGAUUGAACUGAUUGGCCUCAAUUCCAAGCAUCAUGUCACCUGGGCAAUACCAUCCCAACGGUGAAGCAUGGUGGUGGUAUCAUCAUGCUGUGGGAAUGUUUUUCAGCGGCAGGGACUGGGGGACUGGUCAGGAUUGAAGGAAAGCUGAACGCAGCAAAAUACAGAAAUAUCCUUUUCUCCCCAAUCUGGCAUGCCCAGUGCCCAAUGCACUCUAAGUCCUCGUGGUGGCGUAGUGACUCGCCUCAAUCUGGGUGGCAGAGGAUGAAUCUCAGUUGCCUCCGCAUCUAAGACAGUCAAUCCGUGCAUCUUAUCACUGUGCUUGUUGAGCGCGUUACUGCGGAGACCUAGCACAUGUGGAGACUCACGCCAUUCUCCGCGGCAUCCAUGCACAACUCACCAAGCGCCCCACUGAGAGCGAGAACCACAUUAUAGCGACCACGAGGAGGUUAACCCAAUGUGACUCUACCCACCCUAGCAACCAGGCCAAUUGGUUGCUUAAGAAGCCUGACUGGAGUCACUCAGCACAACCUGGAUUCGAACUUGCGACUCAAGGUGUGGUAGUCAGUGUCUUAAUUUGCUGAGCUACCCAGGCCCCCAAUACAGAGAUAUUCUUAAUGAAAACCUGGUCCAGAGUGCUUAGGACCUCAGACUGGGCUGACAGUGCACCAAUGGCCCAAAGCACACAGCCAAGACAAUGCAAGAGUGGCUUAGGGACAACUCUGUGAAUGUCCUUGAGUGCCCCAGCCAGAGCUUGGACUUGAACCCAAUCAAACAUCUCUGGAGAGACCUGAAAAUGGCUGUUCACCGACUGUUCCCAUCCAACCUGACCAGUCUGAUCUCACAGUGAAAUCGGAAAGAGUAGAUUGACUUUUUUUCCCACCAAAAUCAGUAUACGUUGACCAAAAUUUCGAAACACUGCCCCCAAUGGCCAAAGUGGUAAGUGUUGUAGGGCAUAUGGGCACGUGUGAGCUUUAUUUAUGUCCAGGAGAGGUCGCCAAAAGCUAGUAGUGAAGCAAGUUGUUUUCAGCUUUACAGGACGUUAUACAAUGAAGAGAAAAGCAUAUAUUUAUAGAUUCUAUCCUCCAACCCAAACCCAAAACUUACCUUAACCAUAAGUGGAGUAAAAAAGUAAUUUUAGAGGGAAAAGUGAAACCUCCUAAUCAUGCUCGUCAUUGAUUAUUAAACGUGGUUACUGCCUGGAUUUGAACCCUAAUCUCCCACACAGUUGAUGCAAUGCACUGCCAAUAGUGCCGGGUGGAAAGGUAAACAUAUUGAAACAUGUCUGAUUAGAAUGCUGCAUGUCAGCGCAUUGGUAUACAGUCGCUGAUCCUAGGGUACCGAAACUAUCGGAAACAUCAUGACGACUUUACGUGUGAUCAUGUUGGCCUGUCAGAGCUUGAGAGGAAAUGCAGAAAAGAAUGGCAGAAAAAUUCCCAAAUCCAGGUGUGCAAAGCUUGUUGCAUCAUACCCAAAAAGACUUGAGGCUGUAAUCGCUGCCAAAGUUGCUUCAACUAAGUACUGAGUUAAGGGUCUGAAUACUUAUGUCAGUGAUAUUUAAGUUUUUUUCUUUUUAAUAAAUUUACAAAGAAUAUAGUAUACACUGAUCAGCCACAAAACCACUGACAGGUGAAGAGAAUAACAUUGAUUAUAUCAUUACAAUGGAACCUGUUAAGGGGAGGCAGCAAGUGAACAGUCAGUUCUUGAAUUUCAUGUGUUGGAAGCAGGAAAAAUGGGCAAGCAUAAGAAUCUGAGGGACUUUGACAAGGGCCAAAUUGUGAUGGCUAGAUGGAGACAGAGCAUCUCCGAAAUGGCAGGUCUUGUGGAGUGUUCCCGGUAUGCAGUGGUUAGUACCUACCAAAAGUGGUCCAAGGAAGGACAACCGUUGAACCGGCGACAGGGUCAUUGGCGCCCAAGGCCCAUUGAUGUGCAUGGGGAGCGAAGGCUAGCCCGUCUGGUCUGAUUCCACAGAAGAGCUACUGUAGCACAAAUUGCUGAAAAAAUUAAUGCUGGCCAUGAUAGAAAGGUGUCAGAACACACAGUGCAUCACAGCUUGCUGCGUAUGGGGCUGCGUAGCCGCAGACCGGUCAGAGUACUCAUGUUGACCCCUGGCCACCGCUAAAAGUGCCUACAAUGGACACGUGAGCGUCAGAACUGGACCAUGGAGCAAUGGAAGGAGGUGGCCUGGUCUGAUGAAUCACAUUUUCUUUUAGAUCAUGUGGAUGGCAUUUACCUGGGGAAGAGAUGGCAGCAGGUUGCACUAUGGGAAGAAGGCAGGCCGGCAGAGGCAGUGUGAUGCUCUGGGCAAUGUUCUACUGGGAAACCUUGGGUCCUGGCAUUCAUGUGGAUGUUACUUUGACACAUACCACCUACCUAAAGAUUGUUGCAGACCACAUACACCCCUUCAUGGCAAUGGCAUUCCCUGAUGGCAGUGGCCUCUUUCAGCAGGAUAAUGCAUCCUGCCACACUCCAAAUUGUUCAGGAAUGGUUUGAGGAACAUGUCAAACAGUUCAAGGUGUUGACUUGGCCUCCAAAUUCCCCAGAUCUUAAUCCAAAUGAGCAUCUAUGGGAUGUGCUGGACCAACAAGUCCGAUCCAUGGAGGUCCCACCUUGCAACUUACAGGACUUAAAGAGCCCAUAUUAUGCUAAUUUACAGGUUCAUAAUUUUAUUUUGGGGUCUACUAGAAUAGGUUUACAUGCUUUAAUAUUCAAAAAACACAUUGUUUCUAAUACUGUACAUUGCUGCAACACCUAUUUUCAUCCUCUGCUCAAACGCUCGGAUUUAGCUCCUGUCUCUUUAAAGCCCCCCUUUCUGAAAAGCCCAGUCUGCUCUGAUUGGUCAGCUGGCCCAGUUUGUUAUGACUGUCCAACCAUGUAUCGGAAAUGUAAUGCCCCUUACCAUAACUGAGUUUCAGGCUUCCUUAACAGCUGUAAACACUAUUGUAAUUAUGGUAACAGUGGCGUCAGUUUUUGCGUACCAGUUUGAGUCCGAGUCCGAUAAUGAAAAUUUGGAAGAACAAGUUGAUCGGCCUGAACCACCUUCGCAAGCACGACUUCAGCAGGACGUUUCACAGUGGUAAGUUUUAAUUUUGUAGCUUUCUUACAAGUACACUUUUGAUUAUUGUGAACCUAACAAAGCUUCAAGUAAAAGACACAUAGUGCAUCUAAGUUAGUCGUAUUUUGCAGGAAUGGGUGAAGCCAAACUUUUUUUGCCUGAGCUAUGAAUGGAGAACAGAGACUUACUCCUGGUUGGACUUUAUCAGGUGUAUUAGAGAGUUAGUGAGCAAGUUAGCCGUGGACUACCAUUGAUAGCGUUACAUUACAGCUUGUAAUUAUAUAAUUAUAAAAGACUCUUGAGAUUGACCAUUUUGUUACACAGUUUUAGGUAAAAGCCGGCCCACAGCUGAAUAGUAAACCCUUACCAAAACAGUAACAUUAUAUAGCAAGUUAGCCAAGCACUACCGUGGAUUGCAGAUGUAAAAUUACCGGUUUGUAAAAAUAAAUCCAUCUCCACACUUGAUCACUACUCAUGAUAGUAAGAACGACAAAAGUGGGCCCACAGCUGAUUAGCAAAACUAUUUCAACACAAUAACAUUAGCUAGCAGGUUAGCAGAGGCCUACAGCUGUGCACUGGGUGUACACCGUAGCUACAACACAAAACUCUUUAUUUGAACUCUCUGUAGCAGAUAAAUCCACAAAUAAUCAAGCCUACUUACAGGUUGUGAUCCUGAAGCGCCAGAUUGUCCCAACAAAGUGGGAACUGCACCAUCUUUCAGGAGUAACCUUCUUGAAAAUCCGGCAUUGUUUGUGGUUGUACUGCUGAGGAAUAUUGGUAAAAAUACAUUUUAACAACUGAUUCUUCAAUUUGUCUGCCUUUGGAAGUCCAAACAAAGAGGUUUUGCUUUUGCAGUGAAGAAAACAGCAUCUUCUCGGCAUGGUGACAACGCUAACCCAACUCAUCCUGGCGGGCGGGCCAAAGUAGCUCUUAAGGGCAUUAUGCAAAUGUUUUACAUAGUGACAUAGAUACUUUAUGGAAGAAAUGGCUGGACUACAUACUAGCCGUUUCGUGUAGUUCUUGAGCAGUGUUGUCUGUGGGAGAGAAUAACUCCCUUUUGCGUGGACUUUGUGCUGUUGUUUACAUGCACAAACAGCUAUAUUACACACUAAAGGAAAGGUAAAAUCCCAAAAAGCAUAAUACGGCCUCUUUAAAGGAUCUGCUGCUAACGUCUUGGUGCCAGAUACCACAGGACACCUUCAGAGGUUUUCAUGUUUUCAGUGGUAACAAUAGCUUACAAAUGUAUGAGACAUCAAAUUAGCCAUAGUAAAAAAAUAAAAAUAAUAAUAAUAUGUGGCAGCGGGGGCGUGGUCAAGCAUCUCUCCGGAGAGAGGGAAAGCGGUAAGGGCGCUUACACCUGAGCUAAAUUAUGUCUAACACCUGUCUCUAAUUUCAGUGAGCAUGGGGAGAGCAGCAUAAAGAGGGCCACACAGCACUCAGAAGAGAGAGAACCUGGGCACUAGAGAACCUGAUUCUGAAGCCAAGAGCUUAUUAGUGUAAAGCUGAGAGUUUAUUUUGCUGAAGUAGUUGUUUAUGUUUAAAUUGAGUUAUUGAACACGGUGAGAGCCCUGAAAGAGUGCAUUUGCUGCAGUGGGGAGAAUAAAAUGCUCACCUGAACCAGAAAAUCUGCUUCUCGCCUCCUCCUUUCCACUGAACCCCUUUACAUAAUAAUAAAAAAUACUUUCUUGAUUUUACAUCAACACCUAAAUUAAAAUAAACUUGUAGGCAUACAG